GUCCCUAGAGCGAGAGCAAAGUGUAUAAAAAAAGGGGAAGCUGUGCACAAUGGAUCAGUCAUUUGCUUGUCUCGCUGAGGGUGCAGCUAAGAUGAUGGUUGCUUGUCUGCUUCUCUCCAGCAUCUGGACCAUUGCAUCAGGCUCGGUGAAAGUGAUGCACAGAAAGGUCCAGUCAGUCCAGGUAGGAGGAAACGUUACAAUUUCAUGCCAGUCAGUCAUGAAAGAAGAUGUGCUACAGGUGACCUGGCAGAAGGAAACAGAUGGACCUGAAGACAACAUAGCAACUUACAGUAAAAUGAAUGGCCAAAAGAUAGCAAAGGGUUACGUUGGCCAUGUGAGCUUUGCCCACAGUGAGUUACAAGCCUCGGCUAUCUCCCUUCGUGGAGUCACCCUCCAAGAUGAAGGAUGCUACAAGUGCAUCUUCAACACGUUCCCCUUGGGGGCUGUCACCGGCAGAACGUGUCUCAAUGUUUACGUGAUCUCAAAUCCCAAAGUGGAGGCUAAGCUUAUAUCCAGUCCAGACAAACCUGAAAACUCUGAGAAAAUGGUGGGGAUGAGCUGCUCAGCAACAGGGAAGCCAGCUCCAAAAAUUACCUGGCACCUUCCCAGGAUCCUGCAGCAGAAACCGAGGGAGUACCACAUCAGGCUCAGCAACCAGACUGUGACUGUCAUCAGCAAUUUCACCCACGCCCACUCCAAAAUCCUCCAGGAAUACCCGAUCACCUGUGUGAUCCAACAUCCCUCCCUAAACAGGACCCUGGUCCUGCCCAUUGAUAGCCUGGCACAAGGUCCAGACAGAAGCAUGGCACCGGCCAUUGCUGUUGUGUUGGGGGUGCUGGUCCCCCUGACUUCCCUUCUCUUUCUCGUCUGCCUCCUCAUCUGCUGCCUCAGACACCUAUAUGACCCAGAAAGAAACCUAACCUGGCCAUGUUGGGUCCUUCAUGCCUGUACCAAAGCCAAGAAGGGUGGGCAGCACAGAACUGCAGGCAGGUGGGCUUCAACGGUGCCUCCCAGCCCUGGUGUGACGCUGAGCAGCUGGCCACCCUAUGUGUGCGAGAGAGAAACUUCUUGCAGCAGCAUCUUGGGAUUCCAGCAAACCUCCUGUGACCUACUCUGAGGGAAACGCCAAUAAGGACUAUUUAUAACAGAUAUUUAUUUAUUUUGUUUCACUAUAAUAUUCUGUUUUGUGGAAAAAAGCUAUGAAGUAUUUAUUUGAGACUCUAACUGGCUGUGUGGAUCUGCAUAAUGAAACUCAUGCUUUGUAUUGUAUGGGAUUCUGAAUGUUAUGUUUAGUCCUUUUGAAUAUUUUAACAUUGUAAGCUCAAAACAGGAUGAGGGACUGUCUGGAACAGGGCAGCCAAAGAAGACCCUCACCAGGAGCCAGGGUGCAGAAAACCCGUGGAGCAGACUAUUGCCCUGCUGUGAGCUUCAGGGGUUUGAACUUAUUCCCCAAAGGGCAUGAAAGAUCAUGCCAAGACUGUGACCAGCCUGAACUUGUAAUCCCUGCACCGGGAGUGACAUGCUUCAAGCCAGGAUUCAUCAGGAAUGAGGAAGCUGCCAAGUCCAACUUCACCAGCCUUUCCUAGAAAGUAAUGUAAAAAUAGAGAGCACUUAGAGGUUUCCACUCCCCCCCUUUUUUUUUUUUUUUUGCAGUUUCCACAGUGCACUUGUUAAUUUACCUAAUCUACCACAGAGGUCUUUUGUUCCCAGACUUCUCACCUGCCCGCAGAAGGAAGCAGGGAAAUAAAAGCACAGUUGGAGGGACAGUAGGCUGCCUAGUGGAUCUUGUGCAUGUUACAGUGUAGUAGCUGGGGAGUGCAGUGGGAAGCAGGAGGCUGAUGACAGGCAGGAUUAAGUGGUGUGAUGCUGCACGUGAGCAGAUAUACAGCAGCACAGGACAACAAGAGUUACCUAUCACUAAAAUACAUGGCUUAUAGCCUAUAGGUCAGAUUUGAGCGGUUCUGGAAUUCCCUGAAUACUGCCUUAUGCUUAUGAAAUCUUUCCCUGCAGAACCAGGGAGGCAGAAAUGACCACUUCCCCCAGCUGAUGUGGUCUUGUGGGCAGCAAGAAAAUGGCUGGUGGGGACCGUCGUCUCCUCUUCUCUUGGAUUCCCAGAGCAGGUGCAUAAUACCUGUUUUUUCCUUGCCCAUCAAUUUCAAAUGUGCAUCCAAGAUGAAUCAGACUGAGUUGUAGCCAGAAGUCCAAGUAACCUAAAAAUGAAAGAGAGUGGGGUAGUUGAGAAUGAGUAAACCCAGUCUUUGUCAUAAAAUGCUUUUUUAGGCUCCCUAACAGUAACAGAACAGCUAGUGAGUAUGGGGAAAGUGGAACUGGCUGCAACAGUCACAACUGGGAAUUUUUCUCCUGAGCCCCGUAAUUGUCAAAGGACGAAGCCACAUUUUUUCCAAGCUUUCCCUCUGUUGUGGCUUAAUUUCCACCACCUCUGCAGGGGGAAGGAGCUGGGGGUAGAAACACGUUUUCUCCACAUUAGCGGUUCAUGGGGAGCAAGACGCAGGCAAGAGGGCAGAGAUCAGCCAGACCCUGGCAAUCCUCCUGAACAGGCUGUGCAAACUCAGACCUUGCCACUCAGCAGAGUCCACACUUAUGCUUCAGGCCAGGAUUGGAGAUGGGUUUUUGAGUUUUAGAGGAAGGUUUUCACUAAAGUUUAAACCAAUGGGUGGGUUGUUUGUUUGUUUGUUUGUUUGUUUUAAAAAAAGAGAGAAAUUAGUCUCUGGCUGAAUCAGAGAUUCUGGAGAGUGGUAAUGAAAAGGAUUUUCAGAGAAAAGAGAGAAAGGCAUAAAGGUGGCAAUGAAACUUUGUACACCCAGGAAGAUUGCAGAGUUUACCUAUGAUUAUUUUCUACAAGCUGAUCACCUGGAUUGGGGAAAAGCAGGGUUUGGAGUCAUAAAAGUGUCUGUUUACGUGCACAAUUGUGAUUUGUUUUACUAUUUAGCCAAAUGCAGAACUAUGAAAACCUUUUGUAAGUUUCUCCUUAAGAGCACAAUAGGACUAGAGACUGACUGAAAGAGUAGGGUAGCUUACAAACAUGCUGUACAGGAAAGGAAAAUCUUACUAAUCUGUCUUUCACAGUAUUAGAAUGAGGUCAGCAAAUGACAUCCGAAGGCAGAACACUUAAAACCAAUAUAUGUAUUUGCCUUCAUGCUAUACAAAGCCAGCUACUAAAAUGCAGUGCCAUAAAGUGCCAUAUGCUAGUGCUGCAGAGUUAAUGGAGUGUGUAAUGUACACUAUGUAUAAUUAACUGACUGUUAGCUAGGAAAAAAAGACUAUGAAAUAGACACAAACUACCUUUCAGGAGACAAACAAGCGUGUGACUGAGGUGACCAGAAGUUUUUACUGUGGGUGAGUAACAUCAUAACUGUCUUUCUGAGAUUUCUUUUUGAUUAUCUUGUGCUUGUUUGAGUGGUUAUCUCUGUUACCAAUUUGGUAGUGAUUCUUUGGAGGUUAUAUUUCAGAAGGGUUUAUAUAGAUACUUAUUAUGUCUUCUAAUAAAUAGUAUCUAGCCCAUAAAAUGUUGCAAAUUUUGAAUAGGUCUUGAGAAGUAAAAUUAAAACUGAUAAGAAAUUAAAGUGAAA